AUGCCGCUGAACCUCCUCCAACACAAAUCCUACCAUGUAUACUCCACAAAAAACAUUGAGCGCGUCCGCCAGGACGAGGCCGCCGCUCGCGCCGCCGAAGAGGCUAGAGAGCAGCGCAUGCAGGAGGCCGACGCAGAGCACCGCAUAAGUGUUCUCCGCGCGCGCGCCGAGGGGCGUGCGCCUCCCCCACCUCCUCGUGAAGAAGAAGUGGCAACGGCAGUGACAGGAGGGUCUACAGGGGGUAGCAGUAAGAGAAGGGACCGUGGAGACUUCACUGUGCCCGAGGAUAGUAGGCAGCCCGACAAAGCCCAGCGCAAGACCGAGCCAGAUCUCAUAGGCGCCGACGGACACAUCAACCUCUUUGGAGCCCCACCCAAAGUCGCCGAGAAAAACGCCGAGCACGAGGCAGAGCGUAAGGCGCGAGAGGGGCCGGUUACCAAUGGGCUAGGGCGGGUAGGGGAUGAGCGACGGCCGUGGUACUCAACGCUUGACGGAGAGGAUGAGGGAAAGAAGAAGAAGACAGAGUGGGAGGAGAAGCGGGAGGAGAAAAGGAAGGACUGGGGAGAUCCAUUGGCGAUAGUGAGGCGGGGGGUGAAGGGUGUGAGGGAGGUGGAAGAGGAGAGGAGGGAGUGGAGGAGGGGACGGGAAAGGGAGGCUGGGGUGGGGGCGGGUGUGUUGGAGAUGUUGGAGAGGGAGAAGAGGGAGAAGAGGGGUGUGAAUACAGUCAGGGAGAGAAAGAGAGAUAGGAGUAGGAGCGCGAGCCCUGAUAGAGGCCAACACGACAAAGAUAGGCAUAGGGAUAGACAUAGGCAUAGAAGCCGUAGUCGCAGUAGGGAUAGGCAUAGGCAUAAAAGCCGUAGCCGCAGCAGAGACAGAAGCGGGCAUCACAUGCACCACUCACGCAAGCACGACUCCUCUCGCCGUCACGACAGCACCACAACUACAUCCCACCACCGCCCCUCGAGAUCCCGCCAAGCAGAAGCAAAAGAAGACACAAUGGCCAAACUGCGCCGCGAGCGCGACGAGCGCGAAGCCGCAGAGCGCAAAAAGACCGAAAGCAUGCUCAGGAAAGAGAAGGAGUACCGUACGCCCGGAUGGACGGCCGCCGACGGCGGCAGGUAUUCCAGCCAAUUUGGGGUUGGUGAGGUGAGGCGGCGGGGUUGA